AUGGACACUGGAAACCUUGUCCUAGGAUUUGGAAAAGAUCAAACAAAAGACCCUUUGUGGCAGAGCUUUGAUCAUCCCACAGACACAUUGUUGCCCGGCAUGAUGAUUAGCCUUAACAAGAGGACUGACCAGCAGAGGCGCCUUACAUCCUGGGCAGCAGUUGACGAUCCGAAACCCGGGAAGUUCUCCCUCGGCAUUGAUCUUCAAUUGCCUGCCGGGGUUGUUGUCUGGAAGGAAAACACUGGUCCCUACUGGAGAAGUGCUGUCUACAAUUUGACUGGCCAUGAGUCCAAAUCAAUAGCCUUUAAAAAUCCCAGUGCAACCUUCUUGGUCCUCUCUUUCAAUGUUGAGUUUGAUGAUCAUACUGAUGAGGUUUAUUUUACUUAUGGCGUCUCGGAUAGCUCAGUGAAAUUGAGGUCUGUGUUGAACCCAAAUGGGCUGUUUGUCCUGCUGUUGUGGCAGGAUGACAGUAAAACAUGGAGUGAGCUGGGGGAUUGGACUGGUGAAUGUGUUAGGGAAAAUGCAUUGACAUGUGGUAGAAACAGAGAAGGGUUUUCCAAGCUUGAGUUGUUAAAAAUGCCAGAACAUGCUGUUGUGUUAGAAAAUAAAAAAAGUGGUAAGGGUCAUGCUAAAAAUUUCUUCAAGAAGCGGUGGGCUGUAAUUGCAAUUGCAAUUGUCUCAGCAACAACAGGAUUGCUUGCAGCAAUUUUUGGAUAUCUUUUAUGGAAGAGAAUUUCUAGAAAUGAAGAUAAUGGUAGUGCUGGAAGUGGAAAGGAUGGUACAGAACUACCACUUUCGGGUUUAAAGAGUAUACUAGCUGCAACAAACAACUUCUCUGAAGCUAAUAAACUUGGAGAGGGAGGAUUUGGCCCCGUUUAUAAGGGGAUUUUGCCUGAAAAUGAAGAAGUAGCCAUAAAAAGGUUGUCGAAGAAGUCAGGGCAAGGACAUGAGGAGUUCAUGAAUGAGUUGAAGCUUAUAGCCAAGCUCCAACAUACCAAUCUUGUUAGGCUUUUGGGUUGCUGUAAUGAAGAGGAGGAAAUGAUACUGAUUUAUGAAUACAUGCCCCAUCGAAGUUUGGACAAACUUCUGUUUGAUCCAUAUGAAAAGAUAAAAUUGGAUUGGGGUAAACGGUUUCGAAUCAUAGACGGCGUUGCUCAAGGAGUACUUUAUAUCCACAAGUAUUCCAGAUUGAGAAUCAUUCACAGGGACCUAAAAGCAAGUAAUAUACUGUUGGAUGGAGAAAUGAACCCAAAAAUUUCAGAUUUUGGAAUGGCAAGGAUUUUUGGGAUGAACCAAACUGAAGCAAAUACCGACAAGAUUGUUGGGACAUAUGGCUACAUGUCACCUGAGUACGCACUCUUAGGCAAUUUUUCUGAGAAAUCGGAUGUGUUCAGCUUUGGAGUGUUGAUUUUGGAGAUUGUAAGUGGAAAGAGGAAUUCUUCUUUUCAUCGUUUUGAUCCUACGCUAACGCUUGCUGGUUGGGCAUGGGAAUUGUGGAAAGAAGGCAGAGGAAUGGAGGUGAUUGAUGAAUCAGUAAGGGAAGCAUGUGACACUCAUGAAGCUCUAAGGUGUAUCCAUGUAGGGUUUUUGUGUGUUCAAGAAGCUCCAGCCGAUCGGCCAACAAUGUCUUCUGUGAUUAGUAUGCUGCAGGGCAACGAAGCUGCAUCACUUCCACCCUCCAAGGAACCUGCUUUUUCAUCAGCUCAUAGGAAUUCCAUUGCUAUUGCUGCUUCUCCUCAAACAUCUCCCAUUUUUUCCAACAAUUAUGUAAUCACCAUUAGUUCGGAAGUACGCAGAUAG